AUGACUUUUGGACCUUCGGAACAGGAACGCGGACGAGAGCCUCGCGUCGCUACUGGCAGGGGAGGCGCGGGUAAUAUCGGUCGGUCUCCAUCUCGCGAUGCGCGCGAGGCUAGUCGUACCCGAGAGGCGGGCGAAGCGAAAGCUCAAGCAGCCUACGCGGACAAGCAGACCGUCAUUCACGGUGGUCGAGGAGGAGCGGGCAAUGUACGAUCGCCAUCUCGCGAUCCUACCGAGAGGCUUCGUCAUCAGCAGGAGCAUGCGAAGGAGCAACAUUUGCAACAGGAAGCUAUCAAGAAGGAUCAGCACAAUUUCCACUCGACUGGAAGAGGUGGGGUUGGAAAUGUGAAGAGGGAUCAGAGUCAGGAAGAUGCGACGCGAGGAAGAUCCGAUGCGGGGGUUGGUGCUGUGAGUGCAAUGGCCAUCCGUUCUCUCUCUCGUUCCCGCUCUCGCGAGCCUCGCAGCUCCAGCACGACUCGGGGCACGGCCGCCAAGGAAGGAGAUUUGGCCUCUGUCAACGAGUCUGCAAGCAGCAACAGCACGGCCAAUGGCAACAGUGGCGGCAACCAUGGUGGCUUGGCUCACAAGAUUGCGAGCCACAUACCAGGACUGCACUAG